CGCCGUCGUCCACAUGGGGGGCGGGGAGACCCCCACGCUGCACGCCGGCUCCGCCCCCCGCAAGCCCCUCGGGGGUCGCGAGGUGUGGAGCCCCCCUGGCCGUGACAAAGAGGACAAAGAGGACAAAUACCGGCGGCGGCCGCUGGCCUGGCUGCCCCCCCGGCUCAGGUGCCGCGUGCGCGGGGUCCCGCGGCGCCCCCUGCUGGCGCUGUGCCUGGGCGGGGGCGUGGCCUUCGCGCUGCUCCUACUCCUAUUGGCCAGCCUGGCCAGGGGCGGGGCCGACUCCGACCCUGCCCUCGAGCCGCUCAACAACCCCCACGUGCGGGUGGGGCACUGACCACGCCCCCUCCGGGGGCGGGACCACGGUGGGUGUGGCUAAUAAAGGGGGCGCUCCCUUGUGGAGAGGGA